CCGAUGAUGGUCUAGGAGUCAAAAAAGUUUAUUUUAUACAUUUAUAAAACAUUUAUGGACAAAACACUUUCCAUUUCAAGCUCCAAUAUACUAUGGAUGUUCUCUAUGCCAUGCAAGAGCAGGAAAUACUACAAAAUAACGCCGCAAACAAGUCCAAAUACGCAAAACAAUCUCAAGUUGACUUUGACUAUCGCCCAUGGCAACGUACAGCAAGGCCACGGCUUGAAAAUGAAAAGCCAAAGAUUUCCACAGGUUUAAGCCCUGGCAGUGGUAAAACUAACGAUGACAGUUGGCCAAUUAGUCGUUUCAGUAUCCACACAGCAUGCAGCUCCAAAUGUCAGCACAGUUGGAACAAGAAACAUCUUAUUCCACCUAUCAAUGUUGAAGAGGACAAAGGAAAACGCAAGCUUUUUUCAAGGCUUAAGAUGCAGAUAACAACCAAGGAAAAGUCGCUGAUCGAAUAUAAAAAACUACAUAAAAACCUGCUAGAAGAAAAUAAUAAAAUCAGAGUAGAAAUUACAGUGACCGAAGAACAGAAUCAUUUCGAAGCUAAGUCACUUCUGGAAAAAUACCAAAGAUUUCAAGGUUCUAUGAAUACUUUACAAAAACUACACAAGGGUCAAUCGAUGGAGUUUAUUGAAAAAUACGAGAAAAUCCUAGAGAAAAUCGAGAAGGAAGUACAAGAACUUCAACGACAAACGGAGGAACUGGAUAUCAUACUGACCUCCAAAACUGACGAAGUAAAAACAUUAAUGAAUUAUAAGGAGAAGGAAUACCCAGGGAAACUACAGAAGAUAGCGAAACUAAAACGAAUAAGAGAAAGACUUCGCAAUGAACAUGAAAAUGAGUGGAACGAGCUGGUCGAGGCGAUGAAUGAUCAUCAAAAAACCCUCUUAGCAAAAGUUGAGUUGCAAAAAGAAAACGAGCGAAAACGCGCAACCGAGGAAGCUAUUUCGUCAAUGAACGAGAAUGUCAAGAAACUAGCUCUUCAAAAUCUGACCAUGAAAAAGGAAAUCGAAGUUCACAUGAACGAAAUAAAGGCAUUGACAAAUGAUGUAUCUACUCUUCAAGAGAACAUCAAAGAAAUGUCGCAUGAAAAGCAAGCAACUAAUGGUCACUUUCCAUUGAUCACGAAGAACACAUCAAACAUCAAAUGCGCACCACAAGAUGAGGUUCAUUUGGAUUCCUCGAUUAAAACAUGGCUUCCAGUUUAAUAAGAUAAUAAUUUAUGUAAAUUGGGCUGCGUUUAUUUGUAAAUAUUCUGAAGUAAAAGCAAUAAGAAAAAUUCUUUA